AUAAAUAUGUAUUUAAACUUUAAAUAUUUGGGUUCCCCACUCGCUCAAAGUUGAUAAGCAUAAGUGGUAUUUCUCAAGCUUUCAUUUAUUCUUUUAUAUUCGCAAUGGCACCCUCAACCGCUAAGCAGUGGACUAUUGAAGGCAAGGACGGAUUCGAGUCGUUGAAGUUGAAUGAACAGGCGCCCGUCCCGCAAUUGGGCGACAAGGACGUUCUUGUUAAAAUACAUGCCGUUUCUCUGAACUACCGCGAUCUCAUUAUACCGAAGGGAAAAUAUCCCUUCGGCGUAAAGGAUGGCGUAGUCCCGGGUUCGGAUGGUGCUGGAACGGUUGAGGCGGUCGGGUCCCGCGUCACUCGCUUCAAACCCGGGGACAAGGUCGUGACGCUCUUCAGUCAAGGACAUCUUGGAGGAUCUCUCGAUAGCCAUUCUAUUGCCACAGGGCUUGGAGGUGCCGUGGAUGGCACUCUUCGUGAAUAUGCCGCCUUCGACGAGCAGGGGCUUGUUCACAUGCCAGCCAACUUGAACUGGUUGGAAGCAAGCACAUUGAGCUGUGCGGCUGUGACAGCUUGGAACGCUCUGUAUGGGUUAGAGAGCAGAGCGCUAAAGCCGGGAGACACUGUCUUGACACAGGGAACUGGAGGGGUUAGCAUCUUCGCUCUGCAGUUCGCAAAAGCGGCAGGCGCAAAAGUCAUCGCAACGACCUCGUCUCCGCAAAAAGCAGAUCUUCUCAAGAAGCUUGGCGCAGAUCACGUUAUAAAUUACAAAGAGAAUGUAAACUGGGGCGAGGAAGCAAAGAGCUUGACGCCUGGCAAAGCGGGUGUCCAGCAUGUGGUUGAAGUUGGAGGCCCGACCACAAUGGCGCAGUCCCUCAAGGCCAUCAAAAUCGAUGGUGUUAUCUCCAUAAUUGGAUUUAUUGGAGGCUUUUCCAAGGAACAACCGACAUUUUUGGACUGUUUGAUGAACAUCUGCACGGUUCGGGGCUUGCUUGUUGGCUCUAGACUUCAAUUCGAGGACAUGAACCGCGCUAUUGAAGCCAAUGACAUCCACCCAAUUGUGGACGAGAAGGUGUUUGAUCUAGUACACGCAAAGGAAGCGUACGAAUACAUGUGGGAUCAGAAGCAUUUUGGCAAGCUCUGCAUCAAAGUAGCGUAGAGAAAGGAAUAAACCUUGAUGUGGCUGCCUGAGCCGGAACAGGUCCUCUGUUCAGGCGUUCUCCACACAAACGUGCAUUGUGCAAGCGAGUGCACUAAGUUGAGAAAGUGCCUGAGUUUCGCGUCCGCACGUGUUUCGUCCGUCAUUCUGGCCUGGAGUUCAAGAUGUUGGGCCCCGAAGACAUGGAUGGCACAGCAGGACAUGAUGGAGGGCUUGUCUGACAUUGUAUACGUAACUCUUGCAGGCAAAUUCGGCGAGUAGCAAC